AUGUCCAACAGCAGCUCCUUCACUGAAUUCCUCCUCCUGGCAUUCGCAGACACACGGGAGCUGCAGCUCUUGCACUUCUGGCUUUUCCUGGGCAUCUACCUGGCUGCCCUCGUGGGCAACAGCCUCAUCAUCACUGCCAUAGCCUGUGACCACCACCUCCACACCCCCAUGUACUUCUUCCUCCUCAACCUCUCCUUCCUAGACCUGGGCUCCAUCUCCACCACUGUCCCCAAAGCCAUGGCCAAUUCCCUGUGGGACAUCAGGGCCAUCUCCUACUUGGGAUGUGCUACACAGGUCUUUUUUUUCUUCUUCUUGUUCACAGCAGAGUAUUCUCUCCUCACUGUCAUGGCCUAUGACCGAUACCUUGCUAUCUGCAAACCCCUGCACUAUGGGACCCUCCUGGGCAGCAGAGCUUGUGUCCACAUGGCAGCAGCUGCCUGGGGCAGUGGGUUCCUCUAUGCUCUGCUGCACACUGCCAAUAUUUUUUCACUGCCCCUCUGCCACGGAAAUGUCGUGGAAACGUUCUUCUGUGAAAUCCCCCAGAUCCUCAAGCUUUCCUGCUCAGACUCUGACUACCUCAGGGAAGUUGGACUCUUUGUUACUGGUUCCUUUUUCGGUUUGGGGUGUUUUAUUUUCGUUGUUGUGUCCUACGUGCAGAUCUUCAGGGUUCUGCUGAGGAUCCCCUCAGAGAACGGAUGGCACAAAGCCUUCUCCAUGUGCCUGCCUCACAUGGCCGUGCUCUCAGUCUUUAUCAGUACUGGCAUGUUUGCCUAUCUGAAACCCCCCUCCUUCUUUUCCCCAGCCAUCGAUCUAGUGGUUGCAAUCCUUUACGCGGUGCUGCCUCCAGUAGUGAACCCCCUCAUCUACAGCAUGAGGAACCAGGAGCUGAAGAAAGCAGUGUGGAGACUGAUGACUGGAUGCUUUUUAGAAGCAACAAACUGGUCGUAA